UUGACUGGCCAUCAAGUUCAGCACUGCCCAGUUCGUUGUUUGUUUCAACUGGUGAUCAGAUGGGCGUGAACCAGUCCGUGGGCUUCCCACCUGUCACAGGACCCCACCUCGUAGGCUGCGGUGAUGUGAUGGAGGGCCAGGGUCUCCAGGGGAGCUUCUUUCGACUCUUCUACCCCUGCCAAGAGGUGGAGGAGACCAUGGAGCGGCCCCUGUGGAUUCCCCGCUCUGAGUACUGCACUGGCCUGGCCAGUUACCUGCGCUUUAAUAAGCGCUGGGGGGGGUUGCUGUUCAGCUUGGCUGUAGGAUCUUGUCGCCUGCCUGUUAGCUGGAAUGGCCCCUUUAAGACAAAGGACUCUGGAUACCCCCUGAUCAUCUUCUCGCAUGGCAUGGGGGCCUUCAGGACACUGUAUUCAGCCUUCUGCAUGGAGCUGGCCUCCCAUGGUUUUGUGGUUGCUGUCCUGGAACACAGGGACGGGUCCGCCGCGACCACCUGUUUCUGCAAGCAGGCCCCAGGGGAGAACCAGCUGACUCAUGAGCCACUGGAGGAGGAAUGGCUCCCUCACCAUCAGAUUGAAGAAGGGGAGAAGGAAUUCCAUGUCCGGAAUUGCCAGGUACAUCAGAGGGUAAGCGAGUGUACACGGGUGUUGAGGAUCCUGCAAGAGGUCACUGCUGGGCAGAUCGUCCUUAACAUCUUGCCUGAUGGGUUGGAUCUGAUGACCUUGAAGGGCAGCAUCAACAUGAGCCGCGUAGCUGUGAUGGGACAUUCAUUUGGCGGGGCCACGGCGGUCUUGGCUUUGGCCAAGGAGACCCAGUUUCGGUGUGCUGUGGCUCUGGAUGCUUGGAUGUUUCCUCUGGAACAUGACUUUUACCCCAAAGCCCGAGGCCCUGUGUUCUUUAUCAAUGCUGAGAAAUUCCAGACAAUGGAGAGUGUCAACUUGAUGAAGAAGAUAUGUGCUCAGCACGAACAGUCCAGGAUCAUAACUGUCCUUGGUUCUGUUCAUCGGAGUCAAACUGACUUUGCUUUUGUGGCUGGUAACUGGAUUGGUAAAAUCUUCUCCACUCAAACCCGUGGGAGCUUGGACCCCUAUGAAGGUCAGGAGAUUAUGGUGAGGGCCAUGUUGGCCUUCCUGCAGAAGCACCUAGAACUGAAAGAGGACUAUGACCAGUGGGACAGCCUCAUUGAAGGCAUCGGACCAUCGCUCACCCCAGGGGCCCCACACCAUCUGUCCAGCCUGUAGGCACAAUCGGUCAUUUGUGGAAGGUCACUGAGCUGAGUUCCCAUUUGGGGCCUGCCCAGGGACACCCGUAGCCUCCUAUCAAGAAGUGGUUGGCGUGAUCCUUCUUCACAGAUUGAGGAUAUAAUCACGCUGCUGAUUGGAUAACUGGGUACUUUGAUCUUGGACUUGUUGAUCUUAAUCUCACACUGGGACUUGGAUCACUUACUCAUUGGCAAACUGACUUUCUGGGAACCGAACCCUGAUGGUGUGGGGAACAAGCAGUGGGGUAGAGUUCGGGGGCAGGGGGUUGCUUCAAGCUCCAAGCUGAACAGUAUUAACCCAGCAGCCUACUCCCUCCCCUUGGGCCAUUGUGGCUUCUGUCGUGGAAGAAAUGAAGCCAAAGGAUGGAGUAAAAUUCCCACCUUCAGGACCUCUAGCCCAGCUUAGCACUAUCUCUUCAUACCUCUCAGCCUUCUCCCUCCCCAGGGCCACUUGGUAAGUUCUGAGCACUUUAGGUAACUUUCUAGGAUAUGGACCACCAUCAGAUUUUCUGUUUAUUUUCUUAUUGCAUGAAACAUGGUUAGGACUCAGACUUGUGAGCCCAUGGAGGAGGGCAGAAGCAUUAUCCUCACAGCAUAGGUGGAGAAGCUGAGGUCCAGAGUGGUAUCACAGAAGCUCUGGAUGUCAUGGAGGUUUGCCAAAAAUGUACCUUGACGAGAAUCAACACAAAUUGGUAGAGAUAGAGAAGGUAGAUUAACACCAGUAAAUGGCCAUUUGAACAGGCCCUUGCGACAGGAGGGAGGCAGUUUGGUUGGUUAGAAUUCAGGUGGCCACCCCUGGAGAUGUCUAGGAACACUUUGGUCUUGCCUCUUAACCUCAGAUAUCAUGAGUCUCCAACUUGCUCAGAAUCAAGGUGCUGUAAUUAUUUUCUGGCUCUGAGGCCCUAGCCUCAAAUGUAUAUCAAGAUAUAGACUGAAUUUCCAUUCUGUUCCAUUUAUAAUAUGAAUGAUAUUAAUACUCAUGUUUGCCUAAUGAUAUGUUGGAAUAUUUUCUUUAUUUAAUCUGCAUUAGAGCAAGAUGGCGAGCCAUCUGGAAGUAACUUUUCCUUCUGUCUUUCUUUGUUCGCUUACCACUUAUGCCCAUGUGGAAAAAAAAAACUUUAAAAGGAAAGGAAAUCUUCUUGGAAAUCUAACUCAAAGCUGUCUGGGAACAUCAACCUGAAACUCUCCUCUCCACUCCUCUAGACUUCAUACCUCAGCCCAGGUAGGGGACCCCAAGACAAGGCAGGAGCAAAAGGGAAAUGCAUCUCUACACAGUAGAUCCAAGGUCAGUGCCACCAAAGCAGGCUGGGACCAUGUCUCCCAUCUCAACAGCUAUUCUUUCUAAGACAUGAAAUAUCAGAUCCACUGAGACUGUGAACCUUGGGAGGAUCUGAAGAAUUCCGGUGAGACGGAGUGUAAGGAGAAUAUCAUUCAUUAAAGCACUGGGCUCUAGAAUUCUGUAUCCUGGUUUUGAGUCCCAGCUCUACCAGU